GCAUAUAAUAAUAUGUGCGACUAUGAGUAGUGCCCUUCUGCCGGGCCUUCUCAGGCUUCUGCAUUGGGAGUCUGAGAAGUAACAUUCGAUGCGGUGAGGCAUUGUGGUCGCCUACAUACAGACAGACACAAAGACUCCGUUUUGAUGUUACAGGAGCGCUCCGGAUAAAUCAUCUUGGGUAAUGUGGGAGAAUGCCCGCUCAAAGCAUGGGAAUGCCUGAAGAGACCGAGGCUGCAGGGACAAAGCGCCAAACUGCGAACGUACUUUGGUCUGGUAUUGCGGAUGAAGACGAGCAGCGGACGCCUCCCUGGCUUUCGCUUGUGAUCCCCUGGGGCUUGGCGCCCGGGGUCUUUGCAGCUUUUAGCAACAUUGUGUGGGCAGUACAAACCCGGAGUCCUUAUGGUUACGCAGCCAUCAUUGCUGCUCUUGGCGCCGGCCUAUUGUGGUGGUCCCAAUGGAAGAAGGGCGUAUACAGUUACACAGCAGCGUUUCUCCCCAGCUACAUAGGAGCAUGCAUAGCAACGUCAUUCGCCACUUACAUAUUGUUAAUCCGAGAAGGAACCCCCGCCUGGUUGGACAUCUCGUUCAACCUGUCGGUCGUUGCUCUUAUCUGCGCCUUUCUGGGCCUUAUCUUCAAGGACCCCGGCCGCAUCCCCCUUCCCCGCGUCAGCAUGUCGAGCGAGAACGACAGCGUCGAGGACCCCGCCACGCGCCGCGAAUCCGAUGCUGACGGGAGCCUCCCGAGAUUGUCAAAUCACGUCAGCAUCAGCAUGGACGGGUACGGCGGUAGGGAGAACCGGCGGGGCCCAGGGCGGGCGGUGGAGAGCCACCCGAGCAGUCCCAGGAGCCCCACCUUUCCGUAUAGCCCACCCCUGUCAGCCAUAAGGCCGGGAUCACGCGCGUCGAGGAUGUCGCCACUCUCGUCCACCCCGCCGAAGAACGGGGCGGAGCUGGGGAGGAACAGUCGCGUGUUUGAGCUGCCGCAGCGGGUGUCUGAUGAGCUGCUCGAACGGGAGAACGGGUUUGAGCUGCACCGUUUGAGCGACGGGGGGCUGCGGUGGGGGGGGUCGAAUCUGAAGGGGCCGACGGGGAGAGGGACCGCCGUCGAUGCGCUGUUGUCGGAGGACGAGGGGCAUGACACGACGCCCAAGCCUCGGCCGCCCUACUGCCAUAUUUGCAAGGCUGCGAAACCGCCCCGCUCAAAGCACUGCCCCGUCUGUGACGUAUGUAUAGAAAAGUUCCACCACCACUGCUCUGCGGUCAACAACUGCGUAGGCCAAAGAAACCACUUUCUUUUCGUAGUCAUGCUUCUCCUGUUCAUCCUAGCGGAGUAUUUUCUAGACGAAGCAGCAGUACAGUUCUUUGAUCGGCGUGGGUCUCUGGAGCUGCCAGAGGAACUGACGCUGGUCUCAGAAAGCGAGACGCUAGCAAACAUCGAAAGGAUGAUCCUGGUGUCGUUGCUGAUCGUCGGCAAGCAUCCCUGGGUGUCCUCGAUCUCAUUUUUUGCACGAAUACAGCUACUAUGGCAGGUGCCAUUAUUGAUAUUCCACGUUUACUGCGCCGCCGUCAACCUGACAGCAUACGAGUUUAGGAACUGGAAAAAGUGUCCAGAUUUGUACGUGCUCGCGCCCAGCAGAUCAGCGGGUGCGGCUGCAACGAGGAGGUUUGUCAACACGCAUAGUCGAGGUCUAGCAAACAACCUGCUGGCUUUCAUUCGAGGUGGGGAGGACUUGCGACCGGGUUUUUGAUAACAUGGAAAAGGAUUGACUAACACGGACUUCAAUAGUAUCAACUCGCUUGACGCUUCAGUAGUCCGUUUGCAAAGGGGACAAAUGCGAAUCCUCGUUGGAACCCAAUGAGCAUCUGCACGGCAGUAGGCC